ACAUAGCCGUAGAAAGCAGUGAUGCAAAGAUAAAAAAGGAAAACGAACACAACAAGCCUACAAGUUAAUUCGUGCCAAUGGCAACGCCACUAUUUCUGCAUCUGGAAAGAGUUGCUGACGUAGGUGAGCGCAGGUGACGGGUGAUGCUAGCACUACAGAAAGAGAGCCAACUUACCUGGUCCAGAUAGCGGAAGCGCACAAGCUAAUCUUGAGCGCGGAAUGAAAAUGGAAACUGAACACUUAAGGAUCUGAAGUGUGAAGAAAAUUACAAUACUGAAAGACGUCACGUCUAAGCGCAAUGCAACUGCGUCGGUCGGUGAGAAUGCAAUGCGACCAGGACUCGGAACAAAUGCAAUCCAACUGAAGCCACCUCACGCGGCGAGGGAGCAGUUGGCGACUGGAAAACUUCGUUCGUGCACUGAGGCUUGUAAAGGAGUUAGAAGCGUUGGCUGCUUUGACCAAACUAGUGAAAGGUCUUCUUUCCUGAGGUAAAACAAGGCAUUUAUUCUGAAGCAUGGAGUCUGACGGGUCUAGCGGUUUGGCAAAAUCAGCCGCCUUGAAACUGUCUGAAAUGGGGGAAAGAACUAAACAACUUGGUACAGCUAUACAAGACCCAAACCGCCAAAGACGGAUUAUUCUAGUAAUUGUCUGUAUUGCGCUUUUGUUAGAUAACAUGCUCUAUAUGGUAAUUGUACCGAUUAUCCCCGAUUACCUCGCCCAACUAGCGAGUGAGCAAGCUACGCAGGUCCAGGUAGUUAUAGACCCCAACUCUUCCGUCAACAGAACAAGCAAAGAUAAAAUAAACCAGGAAAAUCUAGACGUUCAAAUAGGAGUUUUGUUUGCUUCCAAGGCCAUCCUGCAACUCCUUGUAAACCCAUUAUCAGGAACCUUCAUUGAUCGAGUAGGAUAUGAUAUUCCACUUCUGAUUGGGUUGAUGGUAAUGUUUGUCUCAACGGUAAUUUUUGCUUUUGCUGAAAACUACGCAACGCUCUUCAUGGCACGCAGCCUUCAGGGUCUUGGCUCCGCUUUCGCAGACACCUCCGGGAUCGCAAUGAUCGCUGACAAGUACACUGAAGAAGCAGAAAGAAGUCGCGCGCUUGGCAUCGCACUAGCGUUCAUCUCCUUCGGGAGUCUAGUGGCACCUCCGUUCGGGGGUGUUCUGUAUGAAUUUGCUGGUAAACGGGUCCCGUUUAUAGUUCUUGCUGUUGUUUGCCUGGUGGACGGCUUUCUGCUCCUGACUGUUAUCAAACCUUUCUCUAAUAGGACUAGAGAGAAUAUGCCGGUGGGGACACCCAUCUACCGGCUGAUGAUCGACCCGUACAUAGCUGUGGUGGCGGGCGCUUUAACAGUAUGUAACAUUCCAUUGGCCUUCCUAGAGCCAACCAUCGCUAACUGGAUGGAGACAACAAUGCACGCAACUCAGUGGGAGAUAGGGCUAACCUGGUUGCCCUCGUUCUUCCCUCACGUGCUGGGUGUGUACAUCACUGUGAAGUUAGCGGCGAAGUACCCGAACCUUCAAUGGUUCUAUGGAGCUCUGGGAAUGGUCAUGAUCGGAGCGAGCUCCUGCACCGUUCCGGCCUGCACAAACUUUGGCCAGUUGAUGAUCCCAUUGUGCGGUAUAUGCUUCGGAAUUGCACUGGUGGAUACGGCGCUUCUGCCCACUCUGGCCUUCCUGGUAGACGUGCGCCACGUCUCUGUGUAUGGUAGCGUUUACGCCAUAGCAGACAUCUCCUACUCUGUUGCCUAUGCUAUGGGACCUAUUGUCGCCGGUCAGAUCGUUCAUAACCUGGGCUUCGUGCAGCUGAAUUUGGGGAUGGGUCUGGUUAACAUGCUCUAUGCCCCAGCGCUUCUUUUACUCCGCAACGUGUGCCAAAUGAAACCAUCCUACUCCGAGAGAGACAUACUGCUUGAGGAAGGAUCAACGGGCCUCUAUGAUACCAUUAAGAUGGAAGAACGCAAACUGAAGCAGAAGGGACUGUGCGCUACUACCGCGAGCAACGUUAUGCCUGUUGAAGAGAACGGAUUUGACGCUUUCGGCGGGGGCGCGAGAUCAUAUUCCGAGGAAGAUUCUUCUGGACAGGAGUACGCUUAAACUAACUUUCAUGCUAGUACUUUCUUUAAAAGAGUUCUCCAAAUAAGAGAGUUGCCAACAUUCCACUAAUGCUACUCUGUGCAAUAUAAUGAUUGUGUGACAGUGUUCAGAAUGGUGAUUCCAUCUGCCAUACAGACGUAACGGUACGUUACGUCGUAGUUCAGAUCAUUCACCACAGUAAAAAAAAAAACAAAAAAACAAAAACAACAACAACAACAAAAAAAACGAACACAUACCGAGUUGAAUCCGCUCCUUCAGAGUUUAAUUGAAUUAUAUUUAGCUUUGCAGGGGUUUGUUCAGCACUGGUGAUUGUACUGUGAAGUGUAGUGAAAGGUCUUAAAUUGCCUGUGAGCGAAACUAUUGCAAAGUGUUUAGAAAACGUGAAUCCAUUAAUUAUGUUACACUGCAACGUCUUGUAAAAUGUACAGAAAUUAAAUAAGUAAAUACUGUACAAGCCUAUAUUUCCAUAUAAACAAAAGGUAUUUUUCAUUUUAAUGAAUAAAUUAUAAACCUCAGAGCAAUUGUAAUUUAUUGCUUUAAAAAAGUAAUUGAGCUUUAAAAUAUAAUCAGUAAUAUAUUAAGUUUAAAUAAUAUUUAAUUUAUUGGAAUCAAAAUAAUAUCUUUCAAAUACAGAAAUGUAAUAUGAUUAUUGUAUAUAUGUAGGUACUUGUAAAAUCGCCAUCACUGAUAAGUGGACUUGUGUGUAUGUGAUUGUGUCUAUAUGUGUGCGCGAGUAUGUCCAAAACGACAUUGAAUUGUUAGGACUUAAAAAUAAAAUGUGUAAUCGUAAGGUGUUAAAGUCGGAUCAAAUAAAUAAGAAAAUAAAUUCUCAUUUUAACGAUAAUAAUUUUGAUAAUAAAAAGUGAUUAAACUUA